AUGAGUUUAGUGACUGAUCGAGAUAAGCGUCAAAAUGCUGGAAAUCGUUUACAACGUUUAUUAGAACAACAGGAUGAUCAAGAAGAUGAAUUCUAUGGCUCAGCCUAUGGUGGUUUUCUCGAUGAAGAAGAAGACAACGAUUAUAGAUCUGAAGAAUCGGAAGAUGACGUCGUAGAUUCGGAUUUCGAUAACGAAGAAACUGAUAAUCAUCAACAACAAGAAGAUGGUGAUAAUCAGAAUUCGACUGUAGAAAAUGAGAAGAAGGAAGACGAUGAUGAUUUUGAUGAGGAUGGAAAACGGCCAGCAAAAAGAAAAAAAAUUAUUUAUCAAGCACAAUGCUUACAAGAGGGAAAAGUGUCAAAGAAACAACAGCAACAAUCAACAACAACUGCACCCGAUGAUAACAGUACCGAGCAAGAGUCAAGAGGACAGAGAUUGCGUCGAGUUGCUCCUGUGACCGAAGCGAAAACGUUAAGAAAAUCGACGAGUGUGAAACGGGUUGAAUUGGAAAAACGUCAACGUGAACGCGAAGAACGACAAAAAUAUUUAAAAAAUGUAGCAGCACAACGUAAUACAGAUGAAGUGAGACGUUUGACACAGGAAGAAUUAUUAGAAGAAGCAAAACUGACUGAAGAAAUAAAUUUGGCAUCAUUAGGUAUGCUAUUAGAAGCGUAUUUCUCAGUAACAGUGACAGAACAUCCACAUACAGAAACCUAUGGAAUGGUCAAUGAUCAAAGUUUGACCAGUGAUUCAAACCAACCACACCGCUAUUCUCGUCAACUUCUUUCAUUUACACAUUUGAACACAUACAACGAAAGUUUUCCUCGACUACAAAAGGCAUCACAAUUUCAUGAUAAUAAUGAUCGUCCUCCUCACGUUCGACGACGUCGUCUAUGUCCUGUAACAAAUUUACCCGCACAGUAUUUUGACCCAUUGACUCAAAUGCCCUACGCAAAUUUAGAAGCAUUUAAAACAUUAAGAAAAAUCUACCAUGAAGAAAAACGAAAACAAACUUUAACAACAUCAUCUACGAUGUUGAUGGAUAUUGGCAAAGAUUUAAACCCUUCUAACAUAGUAAACAAUACCGAACUUCAACAAGAAUUAGAAAUUGAUUUACCCAGUAUUAAAUAUAUUGAAUUAGCUAUAAAAACAAGCUACAUGACUAAUUCGCGUGUAUAUUUUGACGUUUAUGCUGAUAGUUCAUCGUUAGGUCGGAUUGUGUUUGAAUUAUUUGAUAAUGAAUGUCCGAAAACAGCUGAAAAUUUUCGUUCGUUGACAACUAUGGACAAAGGUUACGGCUAUAAAAGUUCAAUAUUUCAUAGGGUUAUUAAUGGAUAUUUUUGUCAAGGAGGUGAUUUUACAAAUUAUAAUGGUACGGGUGGUAAAAGUAUAUACGGUAAAAAAUUUGACGAUGAAAACUUUAAUCGAAAAUUUACUCACCCAGGAUUAUUAGCAAUGGCGAAUUCAGGAGAAAAUACUAACUCAUCUCAAUUUUUCAUUACAUUAAUUCCUUGUCCAUGGUUAAAUGGUAAACAUGUUGUAUUUGGACAUGUUGUUGAAGGAAUGGAUGUUGUGAAACAGAUUGAUUCUUACGGAAGUGAAACUGGAACACCGACGAGAAGAAUAAUUAUUCAAGAUUGUGGACAAUUAUAA